AUUUGCAUCCCUUAGGAAAUAUACGUUUGAUACUUUUGUUACUUAAAUAAAUAAAAAAAAAAAUACUAUGAAGGGAGUUUUAUUGUUCAUUAUUGUUUCUGGAUUUGCAUUUUACUGUACACAGGCUUGUCAAGCGUCUGAAUUGAAGAACUUCUGCUAUUUCACAAACUGGUCGAACAAAUUAGCGAACUUUGACGCCAGAUUUAACAUCCGGGACAUUAAUGCAACGUUGUGUACACAUCUUAUUUACGCUUUUGAGAACAUUGAUGGAACCAGUAUGAAACUUAUACCAUCUCAAAAUGACGAUGACAAUGGUCAACUCGUAAAUAAGAAAGGAAGAUAUUUCGAUUUUAAUAAGUUAAAAAAAGAACAUCCGAACUUAGUGACGCUAUUGUCUAUAGGCGGUGCUUCGGCUAGAAAUGGCGGAUUUAUACAAGUCGUUCAUUCGCCACAAACGAUGAAGUUGUUCUCCAGGAAUGUCGCGAUAUAUCUGAGGGAUCGCGAUUUCGACGGUAUCAAUAUUGAUUGGGAAUGGCCAGACGAUAUAUAUCGCAACAAAUACUCAACAUUGCUGAAGAUAAUGAGGGAGGAGUUCGACAAAGAGUCUGACAGAACCAGGAAACCACGCCUAUUGAUUUCAAUAGCGGUAGCCGUCGGGGAACAAACAAUUACUGACUCGUACAACAUUUCAGAAAUUUCAUUAGAUUUUAAUGCUCUUCCACUUCAGACACAAAAUGCUACAACAGUUGCUUCAUUUAAGCGGAUGUUAAAUAAAGAUCUACCAAAUGUUCCCGGUUACUUCUAUUCUGGUGACCGCAAACUGCAAGUCCUUCAUACAAGAUUGCGUACCCACUGCAGCUCUCUAUCAUCUGAUUUAUUUGAGAAAAAUAUCAUUGACUCUCCUUUGUGCACAUGCGGUGAAAUAGAAAACUCUUACCACUACUUCCUUGUCUGUCCAAAAUACACAAAUCUACGCACUGAUCUACUAACCACUAUUUCCCAGUUCUGUAACCCUUCCAUCAAUGUCAUCGUUAAGGGUAAUAGUUCAUUAUCUCUCGACACCAAUAUAUCAAUCUUUAUUGCUGUCCAAAAAUACAUAAGAGAAACGAAACGAUUCUAG